ACAAUGUGCAAUAUGGCACUAGGAUGCAAAUUAUACAUUACCUAGUACUUUGCAUGUGCAUGGUUGAAAAAGCAUUGUUGUACAGACAUUGGAUUCCAAACGAUGUGUCUACUCCCUAUCGCACUUUAUCGGAAGGAUGGAGAAGACAGGGUUACGCCUUCCCUGAAUAUACUCCAACAUGCCACCAAAAGCACGGUUCUCACCCGCUUUAUAUGAUAUGGUGUUACCCGAUCAUAGAUGAUGGGCCAGAACGAUCUAACAGAAGAAAGAUCAACCAAGCUUUCGAGCGAGGACCGAUCAGGGCUAAUGUUGCCUUGACGUAUCGAUGGGCUAAUAGGCUAGCGCAAAACCAGAUGUUCGUGCCUUUUGAAGGGAACUUACCAUAUUACCCGGAAGAAGGACUUGGCCGAACUGAGGAUGUUUACACCCCCGUGGAAACUGCCUGUGGAGAGGUGGAUAUCGACCCUCACGAAUUUGCUAAGAUCAAGGACGUAUACACGACGUUCAAUGACAAUGGAUGCGGUGUGCUUAAGCUCCUGGGUGCCAAAAGUGGGCACUUUGCAUUCAGUUAUUCCGGCCCUCUAAAGGAAAAGUACGGUAUUAAGGCCUAUCUGAACUACCAAAUCAACCUAGUAUACCCAGGUGCUAAAGUCACCAUUCUAACGGAUCAUUUAAUAGAUAACGCUGACCAACAGGGCACGGAUCCAUGGCUAUUCUCUAAACAGAGGCGCCUGGUGCGUACUGGUAAGGACUAUAUGAAAUCGUUCAAGGACGAUCUACCUCAUGAAAACGCAUACCCACCAAAGUUCGAUAUGUUGAUUUAAUAAUAUACCGAGGUGUUUAUCUUAAUGGACUCUAAAAACCUAUAGAUGGCAUGAGCAGUAGCAGCCCUUAUGGAAUGCUUGACCUAGCAAUACACUACAAGAAACACAUAUUUU